AUGACUUCACUGGAGCUAAAAGAACGAAGCCUAGCACUUGUUAUCUUCGAGUCAACUGCAUGUCUCACGAUGAACAUAAUAAGUGCCAUUGGGAACACUCUGGUUUGUUUCGCCGUAUACCGAAACCCUAGGCUGCGAUCUACAAUCAAUCUGUACAUCAUUGCGUUGGCAACAAGCGAUCUUCUUUGCGCAACAGUAGAAAUGUCAAUGGCAUCAGCAACGUUGAUCACUGGUCGGUGGCUGUUUAGCGACACCUUAUGCUGGCUGCAAGGUUUUGUUGAUGUAUUCAUUACGUACGUAACUCCAGCGACUAUGGGUUUGACGGCGUACAACAGGUACAUGCGGAUUGUCAAAACUCACAGCUAUAAUAAGAUAUUUUCGCCUUGCAAGUCGAAAAUCUGGUUGAGUAGCUUGUGGAUUUCCAUAGCACUCUACAUCAUUUUGGGGCGCGUAACAAACCUCCACAGUUUUGAAUUCAUUCCCGGUUUUGCAGUUUGCAGCGUGGUUUUUAUGUCAGAAGAAGGUCGAUUGACUCACUACUGUGUCCUAUUCGCGCUGAGUUUGGUCUUCCCACUUUCCGUCGCUUUUUAUAGCUACUAUAAAAUUUUUAUGAAAACUCUACAACACAAGAGUGAGGUAGCGCCUUCGCUGGAGACAAACGUGGACAGAUUUGGAAAAGUUUCGGUUCAAGAGAUAAAGGUUUGUCGAGCCUUGGCGUUUAUCAUUGCUGGGUUUUUGCUUUGUUGGGUUCCCAUGUGGGCGUUUUUGUUUUGGAUGCGUUUUUCUCGCGAGACGGCCCCUAGAAGCAUACAGUUGGCGGCAAUACAGCUUCUCUUUCUUAGCAGCACAAUAAACCCUUUUAUCUACGCUGCCACUAACCGAGCUUUUCGAAAUGAAUUCUACAGAAUGCUGUGUUGGUGGAAAAAGAGACGUAUCCAAGGAUCCGGUCUCGCUGUUGAAGGAGUUGAAGUGACUCAAGCAAAUAAAAACAGAGAAGAAUUGGAAACGCACAUGUAA